AUAAUGGGUGGUUGUUCCCAUACACUCAACACAUUCAAGAAGUAACUUUGAACUUCUUGCCUCUGGCGGUGCGGCAGCUUCUGAGAGCGCCUGCGCCACUCUUACAGCGCCGCACGGUUGCCAGGAAACCGCGACGCCGUGGUCCCAGUCUCUAGGCCUUGCUAGAGAUCAUGGCCAAAUUCGUGAUCGCGGGUCAUCUCGGCAGCUAGAGGCAACAACCCACUUACUGCAUGUCUGCUUGCUCCCUUCUCACUGCUGUUCUGUCUCUAGCCCUUCAAUCCACCCCCUCUGGCUUCUACUUUUGCCUCCAUAGGCAAACUGGUUUUACCACCAUCACCAACGAUCUCUUAGGGAAAGCAAACUGCCCAUAUUAUGCUAAGGCGGAACUCCUGGCAGACUACUUACAGAAGAAUCUUCCUGAUUUUCAGAUUUUUAAAAUCACACAGCAUCCUGAUGUGUGGGAGGAGUGGCUGGAAGAGAUUUGUGAGGAGAACAAGUGGGAUCACAGUACCUCCCCCAUCAUCUGGAGAGAGCUGCUGGACCGUGGAGGCAAGGGCUUACUUUUGGGAGGGUACAAUGAGUUCCUGGAGCAUGCCCAGCUUUACUAUGGUGUCACUUCCAGCAUGACAACCGACCUGAUGAUGGUCAUUGCUAAAGAGAACCUGCAGGCACAUAUAGAAGAAGAGCUGGAGAAAGAAACCUUGAAAGAUCUCGUCAGCCCCCUGCAGGUCUGGAUUGCCAGUGCAAGUGCUCAUGUGUGCUACCACAUAAUUCCCCUCUUGGCAAGUGGAGAAGUGUUUGGGAUGGACACGAAGAUCAGCCUGACCCUGUUUGACCGGGAGCAGAUGGAAGACUACCUGAAAACCCUAGUGAUGGAAAUUGAGGACUUGGCGUCACCCAUCCUCCACAGUGUCUCCUUAUGCACUAACACAGAGGAGGCCUUCCAUCAGGCCCAGGUCAUCAUCAUCCUGGAUGACAGCACAGACGAGGAGGUGUACACCCUGGAGGGCUGCCUGAGAAGCAGGGUACCCCUGUGCCGCCUCUACGCUUACCUGAUGGAGAAAAAUGCUGACGAGUCUGUCAAGGUCAUCGUGGGAGGGAAAGUCUUUGUAAACCUUAAAACGGCCUUGCUUAUGCAGUAUGCCCCUCACAUUGCAGGCAACAUCAUUGCCGUGGCGCUGGGGGUAGAAGGGCAAGCCAAAGCCAAGGUGGCCCGGAAGAUGAGAACAACCUCAGCCAACAUCAAAGAUGUGAUAAUUUGGGGUAAUAUCAGUGGAAAUAACUACGUUGAUCUAAGGAAAGCAAAAGUUUACAACUACGAGAGCGCCAUUAAGGGACCUCCUGGAUACUAUCACUCUGUGUUAGGCAUGAUUUUUGACAGUGAAUGGAUAAAAAAAGACUUUGUGAUGAUGCUUCAAGAAUUGAGCAACACUGGAAAGGAAUUUGGAGGGAUUUUGGGUGCACACAGCAUAGCCACCACACUGAAGUACUGGUAUCAAGGCUCACCACCUGGAGAGAUUGUUUCCUUGGGGAUAAUGAGUGAAGGCCAAUUUGGUAUUCCCGAAGGGCUCGUCUUUUCUAUGCCUGUGAAGUUUGAGAACGGAACUUGGGUGGUUCUUACAGACCUUGAGGACAUUUUGCUGACUCCACAGAUAAUAAACAGGCUCGUAGAUGAUCUGGUUCAGGAGAAACUUGUUGCACUUGGAGACAUAUUAUCUUUUCAGCCAGUUCAAGAAGAACAAAAAGAUAGUAGCACACAUUACAUUAUAGGCCAGGAUGAAGAGAAAGAUCAAGCUGUGUCGGACGACUCUGAGGGAAAAUUUGAGGACCACGAAUAGCUCCAGCCAGAUCAAAUAUGAAGGAAUUGAAAUUGUAAGAAGUAAAGACCCCCAAGUGUCUGCGUUUAGGGAGGAGCAACUGAAACAGCAAUUAACAGCCCCAAAGUCCCAAUGUCAGCACUGUACUGCAGCAUCUAAUCCCAUUUUUGUUGAUUAUUGCAUGUCCCCCCAAACAAGUGGAUGCUCGUCGCUGUUUUAAAUAUCUUAACAUAGUGCUGUCAAUCAUUGUGUCUUUGCCUGGACAUCACUUGUUCCCUUCCACCUGACCAUCCUGGCACUCACUCUAUAGACCAAGCUGGCCUCAAACUCACAGAGAUCCACCUGCCUCUGCCUCCCAAGUGCUGGGAUAAAAGGCGUGCACCAUUAUGCCUGGCUUCUACCUGCCGUUCUUAAGAUAAGACACAAAGGCCACGUUUGCUCUCAUUCUUAACACUGCACCUCAUCUGAUUGGGCCAGAACUAAAAAGAACAGAUUCAUCCAUUUAUUCUCCUCUCCUGUCCUCUCCCUUUCUUCCUUCCCCCUGCCCCCUCCACAAAUAGAUAUCUCCAUCCCUCUCCACAUACAAACAUUUAGCCAACACAAAAAGAUGAGUAGUUGGCAUCUGGGUCUAGUCAAGAGUGGUGAAGUGAAAAGACUAAAAACUCCAUGAGAUCUUCUGAGCUAGUCAGGUCACCCACCUUCCCAAAACCCCAGAUGCCGGCUGUUUUUCUUCAGAAAUAUUUGGUAUUUCCAAGUUGUUGCAAAGUAUCUCUGCAACAAAUUACAUAGUUUGGUUAGUAUUGACUAACUAAGCUUCUGUUACUUGACACAUGAUACAGUCUGAAUAAAUGGAAUUUUGUAGAAAAAGCAGAUUUUCACAGAGUCACACCAUAUAAGUAAAAAUGGCAAUCUUUUCUUAAAACGAUACUGCUCAACUCAACGUUCUCAUACAUCUUCAACACUGUCGGACCUUGCACACAUGUUGCUUAGGAACUCAUGAAAGCCCAGGAGGCUGGUGGAACACUCCAGCCUUCUGUGCUUCUUGAAAAAGUAGCUUUUAAGGUACAAGUUGCUUUCUGGAAUUUCAGGAUGUUUCAGAUGCUUCUGCCUUGCUUCCAUACCAACGAUAAUAAAUGCAUAAAUAAAUGGAUAAGUUCCAAACACGA